GGAAAACAAUUACACAUGAAAUAAUAAAAUCGGGACAUAUAGAAAAAAUGUCCUCUGGAUAUACAACGGACGUCCUCUGGACAUAAAGAGACACAUGCAGAAAUUAAAUCAACAUAAUUUCUGGAUAUGUCCCCGAAUGCAAUUAUGAUAAAUGCAUUAAUGUAUUAUUGUAUUAUUCUCUUUAUUGAGUCUGCAAUUAAAAGAUCGCAGUCAUAUAUAACGGGACGUCCAGAAUACGUUCUUCGGACAUCCUGCGGAUGUCCGAAAUACAGCGACAUAAACAGGACAUUUGAGGACAUAAAUAGGAUGUCCGAAGGACGUCCAUGUGUUGUGUGGGUGUACGCAUGCGUAUGCAUGUGAGAAUAGGAAGCAAAGCUCCUAUAGAGUCAGUCGGUUACAGACCGAGCUAGAAGAAAGACCUAUGUCAGCGGACAUAGGUUAGAUGAUGCAACAAUUGCAUCAGCCCGUGUAACAUUGCGCGACGCGGUAAAUACAUUAAAUUACGUGCGGGAUUAAUAAAUCUAACGCGAACGUGAUUUAUUAUUGUGACGAUCGAGGAAAAUUAUAUACUUUAUGUUAUUUUUUGAAUGUGUGAAAUAAAUAUACACUGCCCACCAAAAAAAGAGAGUCGGACAUGUCAGUAAGGCUUGUAAAGGCUUGGCUCGCUGUCUGCAGUGCGGUGAGAACAAACACAACGAAGCAGAACAAUGCGGGAAAAGUAAUUGUCUAGCUCGCUGCAUCAACUGCGGGGGUGCCCACUUGGCUACUUCACCCAAAUGUCCUGUGGUGAACUUUCAGAGAAGAGUUACUGCGCUUGCAGCUACAGAAAAUAUCUCUAUGGUCGAAGCCCGGGACAAGCUGAAGGCCAACGCCUCUUCAUCACUCUCCAAAUUCUCCACUCGCGAGGAUCUUAGCUACAAAGAUUUUCCAAUACUGUCUUGCUCUGACUCUAGCUCCUUGUCUCACAACAUUUUAAAUAACUUUCACAGCCAUAAUCUAUAUAACGUUUUAGGCUAUGGAGAUUCUGACUCCCCACUCAACACGAGCCUACGCCUAAGCUCUUGGCCAAGAAAGUGCUUCUGUGCGGAGCUCUCUGCACACUCGAAGCGUGCGCUUGGUGGACCGUCACAUACAGGAUAUGGAGAGCCCGCGCCAGGGCCAACACAAGGAACACAAAGACGUCUCCGUAGCUUUUAAAUCUGGACAUCAACUCCACCUUGCUCAUGCCGAGGCCUUAACGUCCCCCAACGGGCGCACACCCAGCAUCUCCAAAAACGGCGCGGCUCUACACAGUAUACCAGAGCGUGACUACACAGACAAGAAAACUCACGAUCAUACUCAAGACAGCACGUCAGUGUUCAUCAAGAAUCUUAUUACGUUGCAUCUGACACCUUACUCAUGCUGCUUGGGGGUGACCUAGCGGGCGCUCUUAAAUCCCUUUUAAUAUUUGUGUGCCAAAACUUAUUUUCCAUUAACAUCAAAAAUCUUGACUCUGCCAAUUUUACAAAUCUUGUCAGCCAAUUUAACACACAUAACUUUGAAUAAAUGGCUCUCUAUCGCCCCAUUCUUAUCUAAUUAUCUCCCAUUUCUUUUCUCUUUCGUUACUGCAUUUUUGUCAUAUAGCUCAAGUUAUCUUAAUUCACAUUUUAUUUUAAUCUUAUAGUUUAUUAUGGGCUUUGGGAUCAUUUACUGGAACGGUCGAGGUAUCAGGGACAAAUUACCGGUCAUACUUCCGCAUCUUGGAAAGGUUGACCUCCUGUGCAUUCAGGAAUCUCUCCUCAGAGAACACACCAAAUUUUGGUGUAAAGACUUUCAAAUCUUCAGAAAGGACAUUUUUGCCCACGGCGACAGUGGUGUCUGUACUCUAAAACGCAACUACAUAUUUUGCUCACUUAUAGAUCUCACGAGCUUCUCUCACUCCUCUUUGGAAUUAAUCAGAGUUACUAUUAAAUUUCAACAUAAAGAAGUUUUCAUUGUUAACAUUUAUAAGCAUCCCUCUCAAAUAACACCUCUCUGCGCUUGGUCGAGAAUCUUCAGCUUACGGCAAAAGUUUCCGUACAUGCUUGUACUCGGGACCGUUAACGCCUAUCAUGGCUACUAGCACUGCGACUUUGAGGAUAGCGCAGGCAGAAUACCUAGCAUUUGCUAUCGAGAACGCCGACUUUACAUUGCUGAACGAGACCAAUUCCACUUUUCUCACUUCCUCCGAACACUAUCUUUCUCGGGGUGUGAACGUUAUCGACCUCAGCCUUGCAUCCCGGCCUCUAUCUCUCCUGUGCUCUUUGUGUGUUGAUGACGACUGCUGGGGCAGCGAUCACUUCUCAGUUUUCAUGCAGGUUGACUGGGAGGCUGAAUCAGCAGGCAGAUUUAUAUACAAGCUCCUACUUAAGCAACUUAGGGCCUUUAGUGCGUUCUGCAGCUCUUCGGAGCAGCUCGCCCACGGCUUCGAGGAUUCUUCUUCUCACUUGGACCCGGUGUCGGCGUAUCAUCAGUUCUUUUUGCACAUCAAAAAGGUCAUUGAUGAAUUUAUCCCGCAUGACAAAAGCGUCCCCAGGACUAUCAAAUCUCGUAAUCAUAAAGCCGCCCCACCGUGGUGGAAUGUUAACUGUCAAAACGCGAUUAGUCACAGAAGAGAGGCUCUCGCUGUUUUUCGCCGCUCUUCCACAGUUGAGAACCUUCGGAAAUACCGAAAAGCUAAGAAAAGUUGCUCCACUUUACUCAAGAAGGAAAAAAGAAAGGGCUGGAAGUUUUUGUGCAACUCAUUCAAUGACAAGACGCCCACUCCUAGGGUGUGAGCACUCGCAAACUUUUCAAAAAAAGUAACCUUUGCACGCAAACCUCUACGCUCGAUUCUGCGGCUACUGUUUCCUCACAGGAAGUUGUUGUCAGCAAAUUAUGUCUUCCUGCCUGCACCUCGAAUGGCAACUUAUCGCUCUCGACUAUGAUUUAAGAGGACAUGCAGUCCACAAACCUUUGCUGGAUCACCAUAUCACUCUUCAGGAGGUCAGCUUGGCCUUAAAAUCUAUGAAAACAAAGUCCGCUCCGGAAAUUGAUCAAAUAGAUUAUCGUAUCCUUAAAGCUCUGCCGAUAAGCUACGUUGAGCAACUUACGAACAUUUUUAAGUCAACUUGUAGUCAACUCCGAAAGCCUGACUUAGAAAAGUCGAUUUACAGUAUAGGGUAUGUUAGGGUAGUUAAAUAUAAUUCAUUGCAUUGUACAUUGAAUAUGAUACCAAAAGCAAAUGGCCAAUCCACAAUUACGGAUUCAAACGAAUAGACUCACGUUCAUUGCAUUAAAUAUUGAAUAUCAAAAACAAAUAACUAAUCCACAAUUACGGAUUCAAAUGAAUAGGUCGCACGUUUUACUUUUAUGUAUAUUGAAUAAGAUACAGAAAGCAAAUAGCCAAUCCGUAAUUAUUGAUUCAAAUGGAUUACGGAUAGAAAAUCAAUUCAAAAAAUCCAAAAACUAGAUUUAAUUUCGUUCCAUUUAAUAAUCCUAAAUAUUUUUCAAUUAUUUUUCGUUUGCUGGGUCAACAACUAAUUUAUGUUACAUUAACAAUAACAUAAUUAAAGUUAUAUUUCCAGAAUUCUGAUUUGUGCAAGUGUUCAUCUUAAACUUGGCAACAGUAACUUAGGAAUAGAGGGACGGAGCAUAAAGUCUUACUUUAGGCAAGAGGGGGUGUUCUCUCAGGCAUGCAGGGGGAACCGUUCUCCGCCACCUUGGUUUCAAAAAACUUAUACAUAGAUAUGUGUCAGUGACAUCCUGUUUGCGCUGUGUUAGUGUGACAGCACUGUGUUACAGCUAUAAAGUUAGGUUAGAUACUCGAACUCAUUCGUCUUAUUCAUCAACGUUAAUUCACUCUUUAAAAAUAAAAAUGGUAAAAUGCAUAGUACCAGGAUGUUUCACGACAAAUUCUUUAGACAGAUAUAAAAAUAAAUUUCAGAAAGUAUUGGAACAAAUAAAAAUUUGUUUCCACAGGUAAAAAAUUAUAAUCUUAUUAAUACGUACCUAAUAUUUUAUUUUUAUUAAUAUAAAAAAAUAUUUUCUUUGUUGAUACAAUUGAUGUAUGUGCUUGUUGAUACUUUAUUUAUUUAAAGGAAAAAAGAAAAAAAUUAUUUUAAAUUAUUUCUUAUUUUAUCAUAGUUUAUUUUUUAGUUUGUUUUUAUAUGCAAAAUAUUAUUUAAUAUGUUUGUUAUACUAGCUUAUUACAUUGUUAAAUGUAUUAUAUGUUAUUAAAUAAUUAAAGAAAAAUUUAAUGUAAAAGAUUAACAAAAUUUUAAAUUUUAUUAUUCUGUAAUUAUAAUGUUUAUUUCACACAUACACUGUACAUGUUUUAAUGUGUGCGAUCUUUGAAACCAAUAUGCCCCCCCCCCCGCUGCGAAAGUGCCGCGCCCCUGUAGGUUAUGCACCGUCCCUCUAUUCCUAAGUCCGUGGAAUACACCCACUGAAAGAGGCCUAGUUUACACCGAUCACUUGAUACGCGUACUAACUCGAUAAUCGUAACCACAGUAUAUACAGUAGCGACAGUAGCUGUCGGCUUCUUUGAUGUCAAUGGUCCUCGAUCACGUGACUGUCAGCCAUUUUGAGGAUUGUAUAGGAGGGCUGAAUUUAAACGACAACAAAAGACGUUACAAUAUUUUGCAAACUACUUUUACAAUUCAGAUAAAUCCUAUAUAUGAUUUUCAAUAUACAACUAUAUAUACUAAAAUAGAUUUAUUUUUUUAAUGUCAAUGUAUUUCUGGAAUAAAUUAAUAACAUUAUAACACAGUAUAUGAAGUGUGAUAAUUGUAAGUUAGCAAUUUAAUGGCAAUCUCAGGCAAUACAAGUUUAAAAUCGAAAUAUAAGGCAUUUUUAAAACAUCAUAACUUAAGUAGUCUGUAAGAUGUUUUAUAUCUCAAUUUUAGAUGUGUAUACAAAUUUAUGCUAUUUGGUAUUAGAAUAAGAACAGGGAAAAUAAUAAAAUAACGAUAAAAAUUGUUUAAUUAUCAUUAAUAUCCUAAAGUCUAAAUAAUUCCCACUUACAAAGUAAUAAAAAAUCCAAUAUUAUAUUUUUCACAUUUUUU